CCAAUGGCGAGAUGCUACCGAAACGUCUGGGUGGCGUUGUUCUGCAUUGAAAGCCUUCUACCAAAUUUCUCGCUCCUUCAAUGGGAGAAGCCCAAGCAGCCCAAGCACGUCGAGCAUUGCCAACUGGACAACCUGCAGCGCAUUAGAACUAGGCGGAGGACCUUUUCAGCUGCACUUCUUGCGAAUCUCUUGGACGUCGAGCCUGCCUUUGGAAAAUCUGAUGCGCUGACCCUUCCGCUGGACUUUGAGAGAGGAGCUUUCCUCCUCAGGUUUGAGGUGCAAGGUUCAACCUUCCGCGGUGUGGCCGACACGGGCAGCCCGUUCCUGUUGGUAGCUGCUUGUGUUGGCGCUCGCAGGGCUGCAGGGCGCUGCUCGGAGUAUUGCUCUCGAUACGGAUGCAGUCGGAAGGAGGUGGGUAUCGCCUCAGGACUUGAUGACAACAUUGUUGUCUUCGCUGGGGGCUACGCUAAAGCUGUUUGGCGUAGUGGCAACGUGCAGUUGGGCUCUGGCGCUUUCCCCAACACAGUCUUUGGCGUGCUGGGGGAAACGCAGAGUUUCGGUGGCAACGCUGGUGGGCCAAACUUUGGCUUGAUCCGGGCUGCGGCAGAGGACUCCGAAAUUCGUCCAACCUUUUUGAGCCAGACGCCUUACAAGAUCAUGUCUUUCGAAUUAAGGAAUUUGUCGGCUCCAGUGCUUGAGCUGGCCAAGUCAAAAGAAGACCGACCAAGAAAUGAGAACGCUGCGCACCUGGUUGAUUUGAGGCCCUUGGGCGCUGGGGUUCAGUACUAUUCGGUUGCUGUUCAGGCACUGUUGGUUGAUGGUGUGGAUAUUCUCGAAUCCCAGUCGAAACCAACAGUUGCCAUCCUGGACACUGGGACAACGGGCCUCGUGCUGCCAAAACAAUUGUUCUUCGCCUUUGACACUGCCCGACGAGCACGCGCUCAAGAAGUUGGCAUCAAGCGUUCAGGCAACGUGGAAGUGCAACUGGCACCGUUGAAUCUGAGCCUCGGUCGAAGCAACGAUGGCAAAGGUCCUGUGCUGAAACUGAGGAGAGGUCGAAUCCCCGAAUUGAAUGCAGCCCUUGACAUUGUGACCCCCCUCUCUGAUGAUGCGGGCAGUGUGUUCUUGAGGGCAGAAAUGCGAGAUGAAGAGCUCAGUACCAAAGUGGAGAGGCCCACUGUCAUUUUUCUGGGUUUAGGGUUCUUUGCAGGAUUACGAAUUGAAAUCGACAGCAAAGCCGGCAUAGUGACCUUCAUUUAGCAACAAGGAUUCAAAAAGCG